UAAUAACAUGGCUGACAGCGAAAAGGAAACUGAGGAACAACUGAAGAGACGUGGUAUAGCAAAAGAUAAAGAUGUUUCAGAGAUUCACUUGGCGAACAGAGCACUUGAGGAAGUGGCUGACUUUGGGAAAUAUAGAAACUUACAAAUUGUUUGGUUGAAUGGAAAUAAGCUGAGGAAGUUGAACUGUUUUAGCUCAAACUAUCAACUGAGAGAGUUGUACCUUCAAGACAAUAUGUUAGUGGAACUGAAUGGCUCUUUACACCACUUGACAUGCCUUCAAGUAUUAUUGCUGAAUGGAAAUCAGCUGGUAAAACUCACUGACAUUGUUCAUGAGUUAAAAGCCAUGCAGUGCCUAAAGACACUUAACCUCUUUGCUAAUCCACUGGCUCAGGAUUAUGACUACAGAAGCUAUGUUAUACAUCAUCUACCCUCCAUUGAACUGCUUGAUAGGAAAGAAAUCACCAAAGCAGAAAGGGACAAAGCCAGGAAAAAAUACGAUUCACAUCGAGAGAUGGUGAAACAAACUGUAGCUUUUGGUCGACGAGCGGACGGUCCACCGAAACAAGUCUAUCACCCCCCACCUUCAGGGAUGCUAGAAAGCUUUGGUUUUGACGAAGAUGACUGUGAAGAGCAGAAUGGUGACAAAUCUGAUAGUGUCUCAAGUGACCACCAGGCCAUUCUUGCGGAAUCGAUAAAAAGGCGAGGUCUUCAGCGGUCCGUUAUGCAGUACUCCACAUUUGAUUGGUCUUCCAUUCCUUUGUCACAAGAAAGGAGACUUGUUCCAGAGAGUGUACCUGAUCAGCCUCGAAUUUUAACUGUGCGAUUUCGAUAACCUCGGCCAACUAGCACCCUUUCCCCCCGACAAGUACAUUACCAUUCAUUGUUUUACAGUGUACCGGUGAAGAAGUUCGGACCCCUAUGGAGGGGUCUGCAGCUUUCCCAAACCCACCCCUGCAAUAUAAUACAAGAUUCGAAUUUUUUUUUUACCUGAAAAAUUCUCCCAGACUCCCAUAGAUACAUUCACCAUCAGCGCCUACUUUUCAUGCCCGACGACGGAAUUUUUGUUUCACCGUCCCUA